AUGAAGAUCCACCUGUCCUCCCCGUUGAUCCUUCUCCUCCUUCCCGCUCUUUCGGCAGCUGCUAGCAUCAAACCCAGCAGCACACCCAGUCCUUCUGCUUCGCGAGGCUCUUAUGACCUUACCUCGCGCUACGUGGAUGCCGAAUCGAUCUCCAAUAAUGCCGCCAAAGGAUCGCAGGACGUCCCGGUGGACGGCAAAGACGGAAGACCGCACGCGGGCCCAUGGGUAGAGACUGGCGCAGAGCGAGAUCGAAAGACCGCCAAGGGUAGUGAUAUUGACCCGGUCUCGACGAAAUAUGACUCCAAAAUCCCCUCGUCGGAGCACCUCAGUACCGAAGAAGGAAAGAUGAUCCCGCACUCUAAUGGCGGAGUCAUGGACGAUCCCAACCGUACGGGCCCUAGAGAGGGUACCAGAGGUACUGAAGGCGGCGUCUCGGAGAAGAAGAAAGAGAACUUAUACAAUGCGGAGAAGGUGCCCGGUGGUCCCAAGGAAGCCCUUCCGCUGCCGCAUAGCGAGGAGCAGAAGCUGCCAUCGGACAGUGACAGCGCCACUGGAACUGGCGGUCGCUCUGCUGAUGGAGCUGGAACUUUGGGCAUGUUGGAGAAACCCGCCGAUCUCCCACAGAAGCCGCACGAUAUUCCCCACCCCAAGUCGCCUUCUCAGGCCAAGGACGACCCUCUUGCCAUUGAGCAUGGCUCCGGCGGCUCGGGUUCAAGCUCCUACCCCGGCUCGUAUCCCAGCUCGUCGAGCACCUACGGACAAACCGCGACCUCGGUGGAAACCAGCGACGGACUACACUCUCUCCUUUUUUCGUUCACCAUGAUCAUUGUCUCUGAGAUUGGUGACAAGACCUUCCUUGUCGCUGCACUCAUGGCUAUGCGACAUCCCCGCCUUGUUGUUUUCACCUCUGCAUUCUCUGCCCUGGCUGUCAUGACCGUUCUCUCUGCUGUUCUGGGCCAUGCUGUUCCGACGCUGAUCCCCAAGUCUGUCACCAAGUUCAUGGCCGCCAUUUUGUUCCUGAUCUUCGGUGCCAAGAUGUUGAAGGAAGGCCGCGAGAUGUCCCCCGACGAGGGCGUCGGCGAGGAGAUGCGUGAGGUCGAACAGGAGUUGGAAGAAAAGGAACAAGAGCAGAUGCGCUUGGGUCGUCGCCGUUCCUCCGUCACUCCCCACAAUUUGGAGGCUGGUCGUGCUGGAGGUCGCCCCAAGUCGCGCGGAUCUGCCAACCGCCUGCCUUCUCCUCCGGAAAGCAUCUCAUCUUCUUCCUCGCGUGGCUCAUCGCCCCGUCCUCAGCAGCGCUGGAACGAUUUCUUGACCGGCGUCACCAACCUCUUUUCUCUUCUUCUCAGCCCUGCCUGGGUGCAGACUUUCGCCAUGACUUUCCUCGGUGAAUGGGGUGAUCGCAGCCAGAUCGCCACCAUUGCCAUGGCUGCUGGUCAAGAUUACUGGUGGGUGACCAUCGGAGCGACAAUUGGCCACGGUAUCUGUACUGCUGCUGCCGUCAUCGGCGGACGGGCCAUCGCUGGCCGUGUCAGCAUGCGUGUUGUUACUCUUGGUGGCGCAACUGCGUUCCUGUUGUUCGGCAUGAUCUACCUGAUCGAAGGUCUUUUCUAG